AUGGCGGGGCAGCAGUUCCAGUACGAUGACAGCGGGAACACCUUCUUCUACUUCCUCACCUCCUUCGUGGGGCUCAUCGUGAUCCCAGCCACCUACUACCUCUGGCCCCGAGACCAGAAUGCCGAGCAAAUUCGAUUAAAGAAUAUCAGAAAAGUGUAUGGAAGAUGUAUGUGGUAUCGUUUACGGUUAUUAAAACCUCAGCCGAAUAUUAUCCCUACAGUAAAGAAAAUAGUUCUGCUUGCAGGAUGGGCAUUGUUCUUAUUCCUUACAUACAAAGUUUCCAAAACAGACCGAGAAUAUCAAGAAUACAAUCCUUAUGAAGUAUUAAAUUUGGAUCCUGGAGCAACAGUAGCAGAAAUUAAGAAACAGUACCGUUUAUUAUCACUUAAAUAUCAUCCAGAUAAAGGAGGUGACGAGGUUAUGUUCAUGAGGAUAGCAAAAGCUUAUGCCGCUUUAACAGAUGAAGAGUCCCGGAAAAAUUGGGAAGAAUUUGGAAAUCCAGAUGGGCCGCAAGCCACAAGCUUUGGAAUUGCCCUGCCAGCUUGGAUAGUUGACCAGAAAAAUUCAAUUUUGGUUUUACUUGUAUAUGGAUUGGCGUUUAUGGUUAUCCUUCCAGUUGUUGUGGGCUCUUGGUGGUAUCGCUCAAUACGCUAUAGUGGGGACCAGAUUCUAAUACGUACAACACAGAUUUAUACAUACUUUGUUUAUAAAACCCGAAAUAUGGAUAUGAAACGCCUUAUCAUGGUUUUGGCUGGAGCUUCUGAAUUUGAUCCUCAGUAUAAUAAAGAUGCCACAAGCAGACCAACGGAUAAUAUUCUAAUACCACAGCUAAUCAGAGAAAUUGGCAGCAUUAAUUUGAAGAAAAAUGAGCCUCCACUUACCUGCCCAUAUAGCCUGAAGGCCAGAGUUCUUUUACUGUCUCAUCUUGCUAGAAUGAAAAUUCCUGAGACCCUUGAAGAAGAUCAGCAAUUUAUGCUAAAAAAAUGCCCCGCUCUACUUCAAGAAAUGGUUAAUGUUAUCUGCCAGCUCAUAAUAAUGGCGCGCAGCCGGGAAGAAAGGGAGUUUCGCGCUCCAACUUUGGCAUCCCUAGAAAACUGCAUGAAGCUUUCCCAGAUGGCUGUUCAAGGCCUGCAGCAGUUUAAGUCUCCUCUUCUGCAGCUCCCUCACAUUGAAGAAGACAAUCUGAGACGGGUUUCCAAUCAUAAAAAGUACAAAAUUAAAACCAUCCAGGAUUUGGUGAGUUUAAAAGAGUCAGAUCGUCACAGUCUAUUACACUUCCUUGAAGAUGAAAAAUAUGAAGAAGUUAUGGCUGUCCUUGGGAGUUUUCCAUAUGUGACCAUGGACAUAAAAUCGCAGGUAUUGGAUGAUGAAGAUAGCAACAAUAUCACAGUAGGAUCCUUAGUUACCGUGUUGGUUAAGUUGACAAGGCAAACAAUGGCAGAAGUAUUUGAAAAGGAACAGUCAAUCUGCGCUGCAGAGGAACAGCCAGCAGAAGAUGCGCAGGGUGAUAUUAAUAAGAACAGAACAAAAGGAGGAUGGCAACAGAAGAGUAAAGGACCUAAGAAAACUGCUAAAUCAAAAAAAAAGAAGCCUUUAAAAAAAAAACCUACGCCUGUGCCAUUACCACAGACAAAACAACAGAAACAAAAGCAGGCAAAUGGAGUUGUUGGAAGUGAAGCUGUGGUAAAAGAAGAUGAAGAAGAAGUAUCAGACAAAGGCAGUGAUUCUGAAGAAGAGGAAACCAAUAGAGAUUCCCAGAGCGAAAAAGAUGAUGGGAGUGACAGAGACUCUGACAGAGAACAAGAUGAAAAACAAAACAAAGAUGAUGAAGCGGAGUGGCAAGAACUACAACAAAGUAUACAGCGAAAAGAGAGAGCUCUCCUGGAAACUAAAUCAAAGAUAACCCAUCCUGUGUACAGUCUUUACUUUCCUGAGGAAAAACAAGAAUGGUGGUGGCUUUAUAUUGCAGACAGGAAGGAACAGACAUUAAUAUCUAUGCCAUAUCAUGUGUGUACACUAAAAGAUACAGAAGAGGUAGAACUGAAGUUUCCUGCACCUGGCAAGCCUGGAAAUUAUCAAUAUACAGUGUUUCUGAGAUCAGAUUCCUAUAUGGGUUUGGAUCAGAUUAAACCAUUGAAGUUGGAAGUUCAUGAGGCUAAGCCUGUGCCAGAAAAUCAUCCGCAGUGGGAUACAGCAAUAGAGGGAGAUGAAGACCAGGAGGACAGCGAGGGCUUUGAAGAUAGCUUUGAGGAAGAAGAGGAAGAAGAGGAAGAUGAUGACUAA